UUUUUUGGUCGAGGAAUGAUGACGUUAUGAAAGGCGACUCUUGGCUUUACCCUGGCGGCUUCCUUGUGUUCAUCGGUAUAACGUGCAGCCGUCGCUUCUUCUGGUCGGUGAUAUGACGUCAGCGCUAGAGAAUUAUAUCAACCGAACGGUUGCGGUUAUAACGGCCGACGGAAGGAUGAUUGUGGGAACGCUUAAGGGUUUUGAUCAGACUAUUAACCUCAUUUUGGAUGAGAGUCAUGAGCGAGUAUUCAGUUCAUCACAAGGAGUAGAACAAGUGGUGCUGGGACUGUACAUUGUACGAGGAGACAAUGUGGCUGUGAUUGGAGAGAUCGAUGAAGACACAGACUCUGCACUGGACCUGGGGAAUAUUCGAGCUGAGCCUCUGAAUUCUGUUGUAAAUUGAAGAGAUGUGGACAUACAUCUAGAAUUGUAUAUGUUUUUUUUUUUAUUACUGCCUUUUGGAUGAAUCUCAUUCUGCAUCUUUUUAUUAGAAGUGUGUUCUACCUUAUGUAAAUUAAAGUGUUUAUACGUUU